AUGCCGGCGGCUUCCGACUCAGCAAUGGAGACAUUGGAAAUCCACUCUAAGGAUUUCUUGAUCAAAUGGAUCAAUGCACCAGAAAACUCCACUAUUGAUUGGCAAGUGAAACCUUUGAAAAAGUCUAUCAAUUUUUCGUUUUACCAAAAAAAGGACGAUACAGCUUCCUCCCAGUCGUCCCUUGAUGCAUCGGAUAAAAGUGCCCCAUUAACAGAGUUGGCCCCCCCUCCUCCACAAUUAAGAGCAAGAGCAGGUUCAACUGCGUCAGUCAACCAGUUCAAAAAAUCAAAUGAUGUGUACAAGUCGAAAUCGAGAACAUCCACCUUGUCCUCGAUUGGCGAAUCUGAUCUAGCUUUGGUCAAAAAUUACAACAAGUUGGUUGCUAACGAGUUGGUACACGGAAAGUUUCAUACUCCAACCGGGGGAAUGUUUGCCUUUGUUUUUGACAACUCAUUUUCCAAAACCAUUGCCAAGUCAGUUCAAUUUUCUGCCAAUGUGAUACCUACUGACACGUCACAAGAGGAAAAAAUCCAACAUAACGACCAGCAAGUGUUUGAUAACAAUGCCGAUAAUUCUCUUGCUGGUGAAGUGUUGCAAAGCGUCAUGUUGAAAAAGAGAAGAAAGAAGUUGCAAGGGUUUGUUAAGCGUUAUUUUGUGUUAAAUUUGAAGAGAGGCUCCUUAUCUUAUUUCAAAGUGGAUGACAAUAAAUUGAGAGGUCAAAUGCCGGUGAAGGAAGCAAUCAUCUCUGCAAAUCCAUCAAACAGACAAUUUAUUAUCGACUCAGGUAUGGAGGUGUGGCAUUUAAAGACCAUUAACCAAGCUGAUUUCAAUGCAUGGGUCAAUGCAUUCAACGCUAUCAAGAGACAAGAUGCCCCACCAGCAACGACCUCUAAAUCAACAUCGCCUUUCAAGUCGUCAACUGAAUUGAACAUUAUUUUGCAAAAGUUGGACAGGUUGAGACUUGAAAAUUCCUCGCCUUUGGUUGCUGAAAUACACCAAGACAUCCUAAACUUGAUUAAUAAAAGCAUUGGAGACCCUUCUGACGGCCAAGGUUCAUUGGGUGAUUCGCAAUCUAUUCUCACAUCAGAUUUCCAUGAUGCAGAAGAAGAAUUUGAUAAUGACGAAGUGAAUAUCAUUGAGCCAGAUGGAUAUGCUCAGCAACCAGAUGAAGAAGAUGAAGAUGAGGAAGUUGAAGAAAGCUCCUCAGAGGAAGAAGAGGACGAUGACGAUCAGUACUUCGAUAAGAAAGCACCUCAAAAUGAUGCAACUGGGAUUGGUGCAGCAGCAGCAGCAGCUCCUAUUGACGAAUCAAGCCAGAGCCAAUUAUUACCUGCAGAUGGAAAGCAAGAGUUGCCCCAGCCAACAGUUUCCGUUGAGGAUAGUUUAUACCCAUUGCCACAUGAUCCAGUUUCGCGUGAUGCAGACAUUCCAAUUUGCAAACACACGCCACCUUCAUUGCUUAGUUUUGUUCGUAAGAAUGUCGGUAAAGAUUUGUCAACAAUUGCUAUGCCCGUAACAUACAACGAGCCCACAACCGUUCUUCAAAAGUUUGCUGAGAUGCUUGAAUAUCCUGAAAUUGUCACCAAUGCGGUAGAGUCAGAUUUUGACGCCGACAAUGGGGAAAAGAUUUUAAGAAUUGCCGCAUUUGCAUUGAGUUCUCUUUCUUCUCAGAGAGCAAAAGAGAGAAACAAACGUAAACCAUUUACACCAUUAUUGGGUGAAACCUAUGAGUUGGUGCGCGAAGAUCUUGGAUUUAGAUUAGUUUCAGAAAAGGUUAGCCAUAGACCGCCUGUUUUUGCUUUCCACGUUGACACUGAUAAUUGGAAAAUGGAUUUCGCUUUGUCGCCUUCUCAAAAAUUUUGGGGUAAACAAUCGGAAGUGACUACAAAAGGGUUGGUUAGAUUAACCGACAAGUUAAGUGGUGAAGAAUUCACCUGGACUCAGCCUACGACGAUGAUUAAAAAUAUUAUUGCUGGAGAAACCUAUGCUGAACCAAAUGGAACAGUCACCAUCAAGUCCUCAAAGGGGUACAAGGCUGUUGCUGAAUUUGCCAAGGGUGGAAUAUGGAGUGGAAGAUCCGAAGGCGUAGAAGUAAAGGUUUUUGACAAGUCAAAGAAGGAGUUGCCAUACACCGUAUCAGGUAAUUGGACAGAGAAAUUCACUCUCAAGACAAACUCAACUGAAAAGAGCAUCUGGCAAACGGGUGAGUUAUUGCCUAAUUACCAGAAAAAGUAUGGUUUUACUGUGUUUGCAGGAACAUUGAACAAGAUUACUGAAAUGGAACAAGGUGCCAUUCCACCAACUGAUUCAAGACUUAGACCUGAUUUACAAGCUUAUGAAAAAGGUGACGCCGAUAAAGCCGAGGAAUUGAAGACAAAACUUGAGCAGGAUCAACGUGUGAGAAGAAAAGAAAUGGAAGAGAAUGGUGCUGAGCAUGUUCCUCAAUUUUUCAGGUUUGUUGGUGAUGGACCUGUUGAUGAAGGUAAAUGGGAAUUUAUCACUGGAGACAAUAGCUAUUGGAAUAGAAGAAAGAAUCAAGAUUGGCAGGGUUUAGUUAAAUUGUGGUGA